CGGUUCGACAAUUGGUCCUUCUUUUGGCCCCUCCUGCGAAGCCCGCGGAUUGGACUGCUGAGUCUGGCUACACAGGCCUCCGCGGGAGCGCGGCCGGGCCAAUCAGGAGCUUGGCGUAUUUUACAAACUGAGGAAGUAGCUCCAUCCGUAUCCGAGAGAGUCAGGCGAAAAGCGGAGGAAGCUGGGUCGGCCCUGAGGGGCUCUCGGUAAGCCAUCAUGACCACCCGGCAAGCCACGAGGGAUCCCCUCCUUCGGGGUGUAUCUCCUACCCCUAGCAAGAUUCCGGUACGCUCUCAGAAACGCACGCCUUUCCCCACUGUUACAUCGUGCGCCCUGGACCAGGAGAACCAAGAUCCAAGGAGAUGGUUGCAGAAACCACCGCUCAAUAUUCAACGCCCCCUCGUUGAUUCAGCAGGCCCUAGGCCCAAAGCCAAGCACCAGGCAGAGACAUCACAAAGAUUGGUGGGGAUCCCUCAGCCUCGGAACCCCUUGGAGGAGCUCAGGCCUAGCCCUAGGGGUCAAAAUGUGGGGCCUGGGCCCCCUGCCCAGACAGAGGCUCCAGGGACCAUAGAGUUUGUGGCUGACCCUGCAGCCCUGGCCACCAUCCUGUCAGGUGAGGGUGUGAAGAGCUGUCACCUGGGGCGCCAGCCUAGUCUUGCUAAGAGAGUACUGGUUCGAGGAAGUCAGGGAGGCACCACCCAGAGGGGCCAGGGUGUUCGGGCCUCUGCAUAUUUGGCCCCCAGAACUCCCACUCACCGACUGGACCCUGCCAGGGCUUCCUGCUUCUCAAGGCUGGAGGGACCAGGACCUCGAGGCCAGACUUUGUGCCCCCAGAGGCUACAGGCUCUGAUUUCACCUUCAGGACCUUCCUUUCACCCUUCCACUCGCCCCAGUUUCCAGGAGCUAAGAAGGGAGACAGCUGGCAGCAGCCGGACUUCAGUGAGCCAGGCCUCAGGAUUGCUCCUGGAGACCCCAGUCCAACCUGCUUUCUCUCUCCCUAAAGGAGAACAUGAGGUUGUCACUCGCUCAGAUGAAGGAAGUGUGGCCUCUCUUGGUCUGGCCCAGCGAGUACCAUUAAGAGAAAACCGAGAAAUGACACAUACCAGGGACAGCCGUGACUCCCACCUGAUGCCCUCCCCUGCCCCUGUGGCCCAGCCCUUGCCUGGCCAUGUGGUGCCAUGUCCAUCACCCUUUGGACGGGCUCAGCGUGUACCCUCCCCAGGCCCUCCAACUGUGACCUCAUAUUCAGUGUUGCGGCGUCUCACCAUUCAACCUAAAACCCGAUUCACGCCCAUGCCAUCAACCCCCAGAGUUCAGCAGGCCCGGUGGCUGAGUGGUGUUUCCCCUCAGUCCUGCUCUGAAGAUCCUGCCCUGCCCUGGGAGCAGGUUGCCGUCCGGUUGUUUGACCAGGAGAGUUGUAUAAGGUCACUGGAGGGGUCUGGGAAACCACCUGUGGCCACUCCUUCUGAACCCCACUCUAACAGAACCCCCAACCUCCAGGAGGUGAAGAUUCAACGCAUCGGUAUCCUGCAGCAGCUGUUGAGACAGGAGAUAGAGGGGCUGGUAGGGGGCCAGUGUGCCCCCCUUAACGGAGGCUCUUCUCUGGAUAUGGUUGAACUUCAGCCCCUGCUGACUGAGAUUUCUAGAAAUCUGAAUGCCACAGAGCAUAACUCUGGGACUUCCCACCUUCCUGGAUUGUUAAAAUGCUCAGGGCUGCCAAAGCCCUGCCUUCCAGAGGAGUGCGGGGAACCACAGCCCUGCCCUCCAGCGGAGCCUGGGCCGCCAGAGGCUGUCUGUAGGAGUGAGCCUGAGACACCAGAGCCCUCCCCACAGGAACAGCUUGAGGUACCAGAGCCCUGCCCUCCAGCAGAACCCAGGCCCCCAGAGUCCUGCUGUAGGAGUGAGCCUGAGAUACCGGAGCCCUCCCGCAAGGAACAGCUUGAGGUACCAGAGCCCUGCCCUCCAGCAGAACCCAGGUCCCCAGAGUCCUGCUGUAGGAGUGAGCCUGAGAUACCAGAGCCCUCUCAGCAGGAACAGCUUGAGGUACCAGAGCCCUGCCCUCCAGCAGAACCCAGUCCCCUUCAGCCCAGCACCCAGGGGCAGUCUGGACCCCCAGAGCCCUACCCUAGGGUAGAGCUGGGGGCAUCAGAGCCCUGCACCCUGGAACAUAGAAGUCCAGAGUCCAGCCUACCACCCUGCUGCAGUCAGUGGGCUCCAGCAACCACCAGCCUGAUCUUCUCUUCCCAACACCCGCUUUGUGCCAGCCCCCCUAUCUGCUCACUCCAGUCUCUGAGAACCCCGGCAGGCCAGGCAGGCCUCAGCAGUCUGGCCCCUCGAACCCUAGCCCUGAGGGAGCGCCUCAAAUCGUGUUUAACCGCCAUCCACUGCUUCCAUGAGGCUCGUCUGGACGAUGAGUGUGCCUUUUACACCAGCCGAGCCCCUCCCUCAGGCCCCACCCGGGUCUGCACCAACCCUGUGGCUACAUUACUCGAAUGGCAGGAUGCCCUGUGUUUCAUUCCAGUUGGCUCUGCCCCCCGGGGCUCUCCAUCAUGAGACAACCACUCCUGCCCUACCGUGCUUCUUCCUUUUAGCCCUUAUUUAUUGUCGGUCUGCCCAUGGGACUGGGAGCCGACCACUUUUGUCCUCAAUAAAGUUUCCAAAGUAUCCA